AUGGCCUCUGGUGCUUCUCGUGGCUCUGAAGGGAGGCCAGGAGUUUUGCGUCUUCUGACUGCUGCCUCUACAGGGAAUCUUCAAGUGCUCAAGAAGUCCACGAAGCAACUUGAUGAUGGAAGAGGGGUGGCAACAACUAUUGCAGUUUGUAAGGACAUGAGAAACUGCGGAGCACUUCACUUUGCCGCGAUGGAGGGUAAAAUUGAAGUAUGCAAGUACUUAUUGGAGGAAUUAGAGAUUGACGUUGACCCCGAUCGACAUAGAUGUCGGUUGUUCCUCCACCAAGAUCUCGCCCUCCGUCGACCGGCCGGCGAUGGAGUAGUCGACGAGAUCUUGGCACGGGGGCGGAAGGCGGCGGCAUGCUGGAGGUCGAACAUCUCACCGUGGAGUUUGUCGGGCUUGGCAUCAAUGAUGGCUAACUCGGCAGCGGCUGAGAACGAGCUCUCAAUGUGGCCCAUCCUCCCUCCUGUUGCCGAUGACCAAAGUGAUGCAGCAGAUCAAGAAGCUGUCGACGCUGGAAGGAAGUUCCAUGGGACGGAUAAAAAGACGUCCGAGGAAGUCCGGCUUUUUCUGAUGGCAGUUCAGCAGGGAGAUCUUGGCUUAGUCGAGAAGUUGGCUUCAAAGCUCCAUGAUGGGAGAGGGAUGGCAAGAACUGUUGCGGAGGCUAAGGACGACGAGGGACGUGGUGCGCUUCAUUUUGCCGCGUUAGAGGGCAAUAUCGAACUGUGCAAGUACUUGUUGGAGGCGUUGAAGCUUGAUGUGGACCCAAAAGACGUUUAUGGCAAUACUCCUCUUCAAUUUGCUGCUGAUUUACCGCAAAUUGAAACCGCAGAGUAUCUAAUAGAUCAAGGUGCCGAUCCUCUCAUACCUAAUGAUGUGGGUCUGACAGUAUUGCAUUACUCUGCUGGGACAGGCAAAAUUGAAUUGCUGAACCUUCUACAUUCUAAAGGGUUUGACGUUGAUUUUCAAACCUCUCAUGGCAGCCCCUUACUUUUUUCUGUCGUCCAAGAUGCGCAAGAUGCUGUAAAAUUUCUCUUAGAACAUCAUGCUAACCCCGAUGCAGAAAAUGAUUAUGGUUUAACUCCGCUCUUUGCAUCCGUCAUCGACGGUUUGCUUGAAUGCUUAAAGCUGUUGAUUCAGGUUUCAGGGGGUGCCAAGGUGAAUGUCACUUUGCGUGAAGGAGAAACACCUCUGCACAUUGCUGCUUCCGAGGGGAAACUUCACAUCAUAAAUUGCUUACUAGAAGCAGGAGCUGAUCCCAAUGUCAGAGACGAGAAUGGGAUGACACCCAUAGAAGCAGCAGCACGAGAAGGCAAUCGUGCAGUCGUGGAGAUUCUCUUUCCAAAUACUUCAGAAAUCAAACCUAUUCCAUGGAGUGUGGAUGGAAUCAUGGCAUAUAUGCAGGCUCAGAAAGCUUUAGAAGAAGAAGCAAAACAGAAAGCUGCAGAAGCAAAAUCAAGGGGAGAUGAUGCCUUUCGAAGAAAGGACUAUGGAGAAGCUGUACAUGCUUACGCACAAGCAUUAGGCUUCGAUCCAAAUGAAGCGACUCUGCUUUCCAACCGAAGUCUUUGCUGGUUUCACUUGGGACAAGGUGAACGUGCUCUAGCUGAUGCAAAGGCCUGUAGGGAACUCAGACCAGAUUGGCCCAAAGCUUGCUAUAGGGAAGGUGCAGCUUUGAGUCUUUUGCAGAGAUUUGACGAAGCAGCCAAUGCUUUCUCCGAGGGUGUCAAGCUUGACCCCGAAAGUAAGGAGCUUGAAAAGGCUUUCAGGUUAGGCUGAGCAGAAUUCUCCAAUUUGAA